GCCCCUCUGGCCAUGGACCUCACUCAGCUUAUCGUCCAGUUUCAGAGGAUGAAUGCACCCACUUUUGCAGGGACUGAGAACCUCACAGCGGUGCUGGAGUGGAUGAAAGAGCUGGAUAAGAUUUUUGCGGUACUCCCCCUCCCGGACCGUCAGCGGGUAUCCCUUGCAGCUUAUCAGAUGAAGGAGGACGCCUCUGACUGGUGGAUUGACAACUGGGCCCGGAGGCCAGAGGCGGAGCUCCAUGCUCUCACUUGGGAGAAGAUGAAAGUGAUGGUGCGCAGCAAGUUCCUUCCCCAGAGCUUUUGGGAUAGGAUGGAGCAUGAGUUCUACCACUUGCAGCAGGGCAGCUCCACAGUGGAUGAGUAUAUCCGCACUUUCACCCGCAUGUGCCUUUUUGCGGGCGACGCA